UGCGCCUCCGUAGUUAUGGUUCGUUCAGCGGCCCGUGUGUUGUUUAGUUAACGUUAGCUAGCCUACCUCCUAACGCCAAACGAAUUGUAAUGGUAACGUGUAGUAAGAGGUGAUUUUAAACAACGUUUUAAACAUGUCAGAGAAAGGCGAAGUGGAUUUAACUGGUGCCAAACAGAACACGGGCGUGUGGCUGGUAAAGGUGCCCAAAUACCUGUCCCAGCAAUGGGCCAAAGCAUCAGGCAGGGGAGAGGUGGGGAAACUCCGGAUCGGGAAGAACCAAGGGAAGGCAGAGGUGGAGUUCACUCUGAAUGAAGACCUGACCAUGAUUGACAGCCUCGGGAACAAGCCAUCGGGGGUGCAGGCCCCCAGGGACCACCCGUUCACCAUGCAGACUGUAGGAGGACAGACCCUGGCCGUGUUCACUGAGACCCAGUCAGAGUCAUCUAAGGGCCAGUCAGAAGAGAGAUCUGAUGGCAGCACCUCAGUUUCGGGGGCGGGGUCAGGCCCAGAGAGAAUCUCCCUGGAGGGCCUGGUGGUGCAGAGAGCAGAGUGUAGACCUGCUGUCAGCGAGAACUACAUGAAACUCAAGAGACUGCAGAUAGAAGAGUUAUCCAAGCCAGUGAGAUUGUCUCAGCAACUAGAGAAGGCUGUUACCACCAACUACAAACCAGUGGCCAACCAUUCCUACAACCUGGAGUACGACAGGAAGAAGAAGGAGGAAGGUAAAAGAGCGAGGGUCGACAAACAGCAGGUGUUGGACAUGUUGUUCUCAGCUUUUGAGAAGCAUCAAUAUUACAACAUCAAGGACCUGGUCGACAUCACCAAACAACCUGUGAGUUACCUGAAAGAGAUUCUGCGUGACAUCGGCAUCUACAACGUGAAGGGAACCCACAAGAACACGUGGGAGCUGAAGCCAGAGUACAGACACUACCAGGGAGGAGAGGAGGAGGAGAAGGAGACCGACGACUAGCCUGGUCUGGGACCUCCAGCCUCCUAGAUAGCUCACCACUAGGAGGACGACCUCCAGCCUCCUAGAUAGCUCACCACUAGGAGGACGACUAGCCUGGUCUGUGACCUCCAGCCUCCUAGAGAGCUCACCACUAGGAGAAGGACGACUAGCCUGGUCUGUGACCUCCAGCCUCCUAGAGAGCUCACCACUAGGAGAAGGACGACUAGCCUGGUCUGGGGCCUCCUCGAGAGCGUCGUUUUGGUUUUUAUAGACUUAAAUGUUUUUUAAUGAUGUAGAGAAAUAAAGUUGUCAAGCUACUGAUGUGUUGUUCAGUUAGGACCCCCGGUCCUAUACUACAUGUCCCAAGUGACACCCUAUUCCCUAUACAGUGCACUACUUUAAACCAGGACCCUGGUCAAAUUUAGUGUACUAUUUAGGGAAUAGGGUGCCACUUUGGGGACACGUGUGAAGGAUUCCUACUAUUCUGACCAGUGAGGUGCUUUAGGUUCAUCUCACCUGGGCCACUGUGACGUUUAUUCCUGUGUGUUUGUGGGAUCUGACCGAUCCGUUUGAUCAGGAAGUGAUCGGUUUACAGACACGUCAACCAAGGAUCAAUACGUACAAGUUGUUUAUAAAGUGAUUAAUGACUUUUGGAAUAAAAUAAAAAUGUUUUUGUAAAAAA